AUGGUAAAAUUAGGAUUAAAAGAGUUUGCAGAGGCCACACGGCGAAUGGUACAACUUAGCGGUGUGAAGAAGUCACGUCUGAUGUUAAGAGUACGCCCCAACAAGAGCCAAAAGACAUUUAUAUUAAAAUCCACAGAUGGACGAACCACGUUAACUACACAGAUUGCUCAUCAAGGGGAAUUAAAGAUGGUGGAGGGAAUUGUAAAUGACUUUGUCUCGCAAUGUACCGCCGCAUUAGUUCCACCCGCACCAAAAACAAAUAAUAAUGAUAAUAAUAAUAAUAAUAAUAAUAAUAAUGAUAAUAAUAAUAAUAAUAAUAAUAAUAAUAAUGAUAAUAAUAAUAAAGGUGGAGGGAAGUCGGGAGGGAAAGCGGCUGGGGGUUCAAAUACCAAUCAACAGCAACAACAACAACAGGGGAAUAAGAAAAAGAAAGGUGGUCGACGAUAA